ACUGCUUUCUUGGUCAUUUUAACAGAAAAUGAACUUCCUGGCAAGGUCGUGUGGGUGACAGGAGCUUCAAGUGGAAUUGGAGAAGAGUUAGCUUACCAGCUGGCAAAGAUCGGGGCUCUGCUUGUGCUUUCUGCAAGAAGAGAGAACGAAUUGGAAAGGGUGAAACAAAAGUGUCUUGAGAUCUCCAACUUGAGCAGUAAGGAUAUCUUUGUUUUGCCUCUUGAUUUGAUGGAUAGAAGUUUCCAUGAAGCUGCAACUAAAACCGUUCUUCAGCAUUUUGGCAGAAUCGAUGUUUUGGUGAACAACGGUGGACGUUCCCAGCGCUCUGUCUAUCAAGCCAUAAUGGAACUUAAUUACCUGGGUACAGUCUCCUUAACUAAAUAUGUCCUGAAUCACAUGAUCCAAAGGGAGAAAGGGAAGAUUGUGACCAUGAGCAGUGUAAUGGGCAUCAUGGGAGCCCCCCUCGCCACGGGAUAUUGUGCCAGCAAGCAUGCCCUCCAGGGUUUCUUUAAUUCUCUUCGGCCUGAACUUUAUGAAUACCCUGAGAUAAUAAUUUCCAACAUCUGUCCAGGACCGGUCCAAUCCAAAAUUAUACACAAUGUCUUUACUGAAGACCUCUCAAAGGUGCUAGACAACACCGGUGAUCAGUCCCACAAAAUGCCAACUGAUCGCUGUGCUCGGCUUACACUGGUCAGCAUGGUAAAUGAUCUGAAAGAAGCCUGGGUCAGCGAUCACCCAUACCUAGCAGUCUGCUACCUCUGGCAAUACGCACCCACCUGGGCAUGGUGGCUUCUGAACAAGAUGGGUAAAAUAAGAAUAAAGAACUUCAAGAGUGGAGUGGAUGCUGAUGUCUCCUAUUCUCAGAAGAAGAAAGCUUGAGGAGGAACCUACACAACAUCCCACUAAACCAAGCAAGUAAUUGCAUGUGGGAGAGGUUUCUGUCCUCUAUUCAUAUAUGUCAAGUUAAGGCCUCUGCUUUUUUAAAAAUUCCUUAAUACUCCUAUUUUUUGCUAUCAUGUAACCUGACAUGAAAUUUUUUUAAAGAACAUUUCCUAAAUAAAAACAAUCUGCUUUACUUUUGCAAGACCUUCUAUUAAUUCAUUCCUUAAGUUUAAUUUAUUCCACUGGUAGGACAGGAAGCUUGUUGUGAUCUUUCUGCUGAUAUGAGUUUCCCAAACCUUUAAAGGGUAGAUACAAAUCAAACUGUGUCGUUCUAUUUCUACCAUUCUCACAUC